GAUAUUUAUUUUGCAAGAAAAAAAUUAAUUUUAAAUGAUUGUGAAUUAAUAAGUAAACGUAUUGCAUUAGCGUGGAGCUAAGCGUAGGGACCAACACAGGCCGUGCUGGGAUACCGCAAAACCUAAACUUGCUGCUCUGUAGCUCUAGCAAGCCCAACAAACCCAACCUUGUCAAACCCUUUGGAGCCUAAGAUGUUCAAUCUCUGUCCAUAACUUGAAUCCAUUUCUUGCAAGAAUCCAAACUGCGGUCCAAAACUGAGUUCCCCUUUUCUCCACGAAAAAGAUCAAAACCCCAGCUGAACCUCACUCUCCGGCGGCCCCCGGAUGUCUGAUGAAGUAGGCUAUGUGGUGGGCAACUCCCUUAAGGUACACUACUUUAAAUCUCCCUUGUUUUCCCACCAAACACUGAACUCGCAAAUGUUAACUCUCUUCAAACUCACUUGUCUCCCCAAAAAGACAAAUUCUUUCUGUUCUAGUUCUUGUAAUACUAGAAAGAUUAAUUAUUUUGAUCAGUUUCUGCCUCUUUUUGAUAAAAAGAUCGAUUCUUUAAGCUAUUUGAACUCAAAUGAGAGGAGGAGAGUAGUUGUUGGGCUGUCUAGAAUUAUUAAACAAGGCCAAGGUUACAUUUUGAAGGGAUUUGCUAAAAACAAUUGCCCUUAUUUUUUAGUUAAGAUAAUGAAAUCAUUAGAAUCUAGAGAAACUGCAUUUGGGUUUUUUAAGUUUGCAUUUCAAGAUGAUUCUGAUGAAAUGGUCAAGUCUUCUUGUGUCGCGGCACAUGUUUUAGGUGCACAGAAUCUCAAGUUCCUUGCUCAAGAUGUGGUUUCUUGGGUUAUUAGGAGAGUUGGGGUUGAUAGGAGUAGGGAGGUAGUGGAGUUUAUGUGGAAAAGGCAUGCUGAAUUUGAGUCGGAUUUCUCAGUUCUCGAUACGCUUAUGCGGGGCUUUUUGAAAGUGGAAAUGGGUUGUGAGGCAUUGGAGAUUGUGGGAAGGAUGAGGGAGGUGGGUUUGAGGCCAAGUUCAUCAGCAAUUACAAUUCUUUUUAAGUUGUUGCUUAGAAUUGGUGAUCAUGGUAGUGUUUGGAAGUUGCUUAGGGGUAUGAUUCAUCAAGGGCCUAGACCUUGCAAUCGUAACUUUAAUGCGGUGAUUCUUGGUUUCUGUAGAAAAGGACAUGUUAAAGUUGGGGAGAGUUUGUUGUGCGUGAUGCAGAAGUUUAAGUGUCAACCAGAUGUUUAUGCGUAUAACAUUUUGAUUAAUGCAUACUGUACAAGGGGACAGACUUUUGAUGCACUUGGUUGGAUGCGCUUCAUGAUCGAUAAUGGUUGUACACCGAGCUUGGUUACUUUUGGUACAGUCAUAAAUGCAUUUUGCAAUCAGGGAAAUAUGAUGGAAGCAAGGAAUCUUUUUGAUGGGAUGAAAGAGGCCGGUCACAUUCCCAAUGUUGUAUGCUAUAAUACUUUGAUGAAUGGAUAUGUUAAGGCGAGGGACAUUGGUCAGGCAAACAUGCUUUAUGAAGAAAUGAAGAGCAAGGCUGUAGCUCCUGAUUGUACAACUUUUAAUAUUCUGGUUGCAGGGCAUUAUAGAUAUGGAAGAGAGGAAGACCGUGACAGAUUGUUGAGGGAUUUGUCACAAUCAGGCUCGCUCUCAAUUAGUUCACUAUAUAAUAUUUGUGUUUCAGGCUUGUGUUGGGCUGGCUGGUUGGAUGAGGCCAUGAAAUUUUUAGAGGAUAUGCUUGAGAAAGGAAUAACUCCAACUGUAGUUGCUUUUAAUUCAAUAAUAGCAGCUUAUAGCAGGGCUGGCUUAGAAGAGAAAGCCUAUAAAGCAUAUAGAAUGAUGGUUAAAUUUGGUUUAUUUCCUUCAUCUUUGACAUGCAGUUCACUAAUCAUGGGUUUAUCCAAGUUGUGGAGGCUGCAAGAAGCGAGGGACCUUUUGUAUGAGAUGAUAGUAGAAGGCCUUCCCAUCAACAAAGCAGCUUUUACUCUGCUUUUGGAUGGGUACUUCAGGAUGGGGGAUGUGGCAGGUGCUUAUAGCCUGUGGAAUGAGAUGGAAGGGAGGGGGAUACAUCCUGAUGCUGUUGCCUUUUCAGCCUUUAUUAAUGGUCUUUCUAUAGUUGGUCUAGUGGAUGAGGCAUAUGAUGUAUUUUUACAAAUGUCAAAAAAAGGGUUCAUGCCCAACAAUUUUGUGUAUAACUCUUUGAUCCGUGGCUUUUGCAACAGUGGGAGGCUGCAGGAAGCAUUGAUGUUGGAGAGGGAGAUGGCGCGAAAGGGUCUUCUUCCUGAUAUUUUUACUACCAAUAUAAUCAUUAACGGUCUCUGUAAAGAAGGCAGGAUGAAGUCAGCAAGUGAUGUAUUUAGAAACAUGCACCAUACUGGGUUGAUCCCUGAUAUUGUCACCUACAAUACUUUGAUUGAUGGAUACUGUAAAGCAUUUGACACAGUUAGUACAGAUGAAGUCGUGAAUAAAAUGUAUGCCACUGGAUGGGACCCAGAUAUCACUACUUAUAAUAUUCGUCUUCAUGGCUUAUGUACUGGUCGGAAAAUGAGUCGAGCUGUGAUGAUGCUGGAGGAGCUUAUUUCAGCAGGUGUUGUUCCGGACACAGUAACAUACAACACUGUUAUGAAUGGUGUUUGUACUGACGUACUGGAGCGCGCCAUGAUUGUAACUGCCAAAUUGCUUAAGAUGGCAUUUGUUCCUAAUGUCGUUACAGCCAAUCUACUAUUAUCUCACUUUUGCAAGCAGGGAAUGCCUGAAAAGACCAUAAUGUGGGGUCAGAAGUUGAAUGAGAUCUCCUUUGGUUUUGAUGAGAUUUCCAUAAAAUUAAUGGAUAGAGCCUACCGUAACAUCCAAGAUAAUGUUGACGUUCCAAAACCACCACCUGAAAAGAGCCUGUUUCUGGAUUUCCUCAUGUACGUUACAUAUGAUUAUUUGAGCAGAAAUAGUCUUAAAAAGAAUGAAAAUCAGGGUUCACUUAAACGGAUGGAAAUUGGUUAUGGUGGAUCCUGAAAGCUUGUUGGAUGGGUUUCCAGGACUUCAGUUUUCGUGAUGUGCUAAAACCUUGUGUGAAAGCAGAACCUGGUAUGCCUUGUUGAAGAUUACCCAGCUGCCUACACAUUAUAGUGGCAAUGAUUUUUUGAAGCACCAUGCAUAAGGAGACAGUAAUCUUCUUUGGUUGAUAUGGUAUUAGGUAAGCUGCUUUCUGCUCUUGGAAACUUGCAUGAUGUAGAAGGAGAGAUACAAGAAUAGGGUAUAACCUAAAAGAAAACGUGGUUUACCCAUCAGUCAAUAGAUCAGCUAGUAUCAGAAUUUCUUGAUGAUGCAACAGCAUAAAUGGUGGGAUGAACAGACUAAUGUGUAGGCUCUGUCGACAAUUGGAAUUAAGCAUGCAUCCAUUGGCGUGGGGCCAUAAGGGGAAAAUUUAAAAUCUUUGCAGAUAAAUCAUGGCCUCUGAGUUCAUUUCUUGGCGUGCACCUGCCAGUAUUAUAGUGCACAUUCUUGUUCGAAGACUAUCUGUGGAGUGCAUACUGCUGAUAUUUCCUUUUCAAGAAUGAGUGAAAGAACCGCGAACAAAUACAGAUUUUUGUAUAGUUGUGCACAUUUCUCCUAAAGCUGGGUCUCGCACUUUCAGAACUUUUAACUGUGUACAGCCAAGCUCUAAAAUCAGUCUAAUGGUGAGGAAAAAAAGGGAACGGGGUGGUUAUUGUUUUAAUUUUUCUAAAUAUGUUUAAGAUGAUGACCAUCCUCAUCUUUUGUUACUGUUCACAGAUGGCUUCCGACAUUUGGAUGCAUCUUUCAGCUUUUUAUGGUUUCGCUGCUGCUACAUCUCAAGGCGAGAAAGUUGUAGUUGCAUAUCUUCUUCGCCACACCCCCGCUCUGUCCUCCUGUUCUCUCCAUUCUUCUGUAUUGAACUCUGUACUCUUGGACUUUGACACAAUGCUUGGGAUUCGAAGUAAAUGACCACAGUUUCAGGAUAGAGAAUGGCAGUGAGGAUCAGAUACACAAGAUAGUUAAAUUUGGUUCGUCUAAAGAUGAUGCUUGCAGCUAAAGAAGUUUUGAGUUCACAGUGAUGGUUUCUAUCCACUCAUGGGGUGUGAUAUUUGGAUUGAAGAAAUGGGUGUGGCCUCGUAAAUUACAAGCUGAUAUCAAGAAAUUAUCGGAGCUCUUUACUCCAAAAAGAUGAGUUUACCAUGUUGCAAAAUUCCAAUGACUCGCAAGAUGGAUAGGGGCUAAAAUCUGCCCCGUGCUCCUUGAAGACUUCUCCUCACUUGCAGAAGGUUUAGGCAUUGAUGUGUAGGAGACAAAACACUAACUUGGUGUUAAUAAAAUCAUCUAUCUGGAUUAUCCACACGCGCGCGCGCCCAAAAAAAAAACUCACUAGAUAUUGUGAGUCAAAUAAAGUGAGAACUGAUUUAAAUCCAUUUAUCC